UCUUUUGGUAUUCUUAUGUGGGAGAUAGUGACUUUGGGUUGCACUCCCUACCCAGGCAUAUCCAGUAUGAUACUACGACAACAAUUGGAGAAUGGUUACCGUAUGAUGAGACCUAAACACUGCACAUACGAAGUGUACCGCAUCAUGUACCGCUGUUGGAGAGAGCCACCAGCCUUUCGCCCUUCGUUCAAAGAGUUGUGCCAACAGUUGGAAGAUCUGACCUCUAAGGCCCAGAACUAUGUGGACUUGGUCAAUAUAGAUGAAAGGCUUUUCAAGGGCCUAACACGGUGUAUUCCUGGUGAAAAAUACUAGUCGCGGACUAGUUACUGGAUAUUUUAUCAAAAAGUGCAAAUGAAUUCAGGAAAUUACUACUGUAUGAUUUUAUUUUAGUUCACCAGCCGGUGGUCAUCGGGUGAAAGCAUUUUACCUGACUUCCAAUUUCAGUGGUAAUCCUUUUGGAUAUAAGUGCCAUUUUAAGUUUUGAGUUUUGUUGAUUGCCUUUAGAACGAUAUCGUAUACAGGAAAUUUUUUAUCAUUUGAUUCAAAUGCAAAGACAUAUAACUGGAUAUUGCACAUGACUACAAUUCCUUGAUUUCAUUAGUUAUUUGCAAAGUCUGACUGCACAAACCAUAAAAAUUCAAAUUGAUUUAUUGUGAUACUGUCAAAGUCUCUGUUAUUAUGAAUUUUGAUCUUUGACGUUCACUGUAUCAUAGAUCACAACUUCAAAUUGUUGCUGUAUUUUUUCUUUUGCAUUUGCCCAUUUGUAUAUUUUAUCUU